GCUCUCCUGGGCUUACGCUGCCGUUGGCGGAUGCCGGCUACACCCUGCAAAGCGCCCGGCAACAUUUCCAUUUGGUCAUGGGCGCUGCAGACUACCAGGUCUGGCCACCCCGUCUGGAAGAGAUUUCGCGCCCGUUGAUCCGAGAACUGGAAGCCCUCUGCCUAUCACUUCUCCGGCUAUUGCCCGGUGGUUCUUUGAUGGAGGCCGCUUGGCGGCGAGCCUCGGAGGCCACCGGAGAUGCCUCGGUCUGGGAUGCUUUCAGCUACUUCUCGACUGGGGAUGCAGCAGAGACCAGUGCCGUUGACCUCUCGAUGGCCGCCCACACAGAUCCCGGGCUCCUGACCGCCAAGCCGCUGAGCUCUGUGGCAGGGCUGGAGGUCUGGGACGCAGCGUCGGAAAAAUGGAUCUCCCUCGAGGGCAAGGAUCGCGCUGUCGGCGAAGUCGUCGUGUUCAGCGCUGACACGCUCCAGCGCUGGACCAAAGGGGCCAUUCCGAGCUGCCGACACCGAGUGGCGAAACCCAGGGGCAGCGAGCCCCGUCUGUCCUUGGUGUACGAGAUGCGAAUCCUGCACGAAGGAGUCGAUUUAGAGCAGAUGCCGUAG